GCGGCUGGGGCGCGAGGGCGAGCGCGGGCUGAGACGAGGAGCCGCGCCGGGAGGAAAAACCUCACUCUUGGACUGAGGGGUCCCUGGCACUUCUCAGAAGCAGGAUAGAUGCAGACAGAAAGGCUGGCGCACUUUGCUUGCUGUGCUUCACCCCUUGCCAUCCCAGCCAACUUAGGAGAGGAACUGGCAGCAGGGCACAGAGAGCCCUUCAGCCCUGCUAGGGUCAUAGCUGGUCCGGAGAUGGAAGGAAAAAUCUCAUCUGGUCCUGAAGCAGGAAGGAGAGGCCUGGGUGCCUCUGGGGUUGGGGGCAGUGGGGCAUUCUGGGAAGUGCAGAAGAGCUUGGACACAGACACUGGCAGCUCAGAUGUGCACUACCAGAACUUCAGGGGGCUCCGCUACCAAGAAGCCAAGGGACCCCGAGCAGUUUGUAGCCAGCUGUACAACCUCUGCCAUAGGUGGCUAAAGCCAGAAAGACACACCAAGACUCAAAUGGUGGAUCUGGUGAUCCUGGAGUGGUUCCUGACUCUGCUGCCCCUGGAAAUGGAGAGCUGGAUAAGGGAGUGUGAUGCGGAGACCACAUCACAGGCGGUGGCCCUGGCCGAAGGCUUCCUCCUGAGCCAGGCAGAGGACAAGAAGUGGGAAGAGGAACUGCAGGUGAAGGGCAUGUUAGGCAGAGCGGUUGCUGAAUUCCCUCAUGCAGAGAAAGCUCCAUCGGACACCAGGUGGAAGACACAGGUCAGGCAGAUUGUGCAGGAGGCUGAUGGAGGUGCCAGCGCACUGGGUGAAAGAAGGAAGCUUGGAUUUUCUUCAGUGGCUUCUGCUGUAGGACCAGAAGGGAUUGCUGUAUGGCCAGAUCAGGACCCAGUGACUUUUGAGGAGGUGGCUGUGCAUUUCUCCAAGGAGGAGUGGGCUCUGCUGGAUCCAGACCAGGGAGCGUUGUACCAGGAAGUCAUGGAGGAGAAUUAUAGGAAUCUGGCAUCUCUUGUGAGUGAUGGGCAGAAAAAUGAGAAUUCUAAGGAGCCAGCCCUGGUGUCGUCACAAAUGCACAACCAUGAAGCAGGAAAAAAGUUUGGGGGAUCAGAAAGAAAGGAGGGAAACCAGUCAAACAAUGGAGAGAAGAAAUCUUCUCCUUUUCAGCAUCAUGAAAUCUAUGAAUGCUCAAUCCUACAAGAUUACAAAGAAAAAAAGGGAAAUUUGUGAGAAAAUAUUUGGUAAAUCAAGAUGGAAUCGACGUUGUAGAACCCAUACAGAAGAAAAAUUAUAUGAAUGCACAGAGUGUGGGAAAAGCUUCAAGAGGAAUCAAAAUUUUCUUCAACAUAAAGGGACCCAUAGAGGGGACAAAGCACAUACAUGCAUUGAAUGUGGAAAGAGCUUCUUUCACAAUGGAAACCUUAAUAAACAUCAAUUGACCCACACAGGGGAGAAGCCAUAUAAAUGUACAGAGUGUGGAAAGAGCUUUACUCAGAGGCACAGCCUCACUAUACAUCAAAGAACACACACAGGGGAGAAACCAUAUAAGUGUGUGGACUGUGGAAAGAGCUUCAGUACAAGUUGUAGCCUUACUGUACAUCAGAGAACCCAUACAGGGGAGAAACCAUAUACAUGCACACAGUGUGGAAAAACCUUCAGACAAAGUCAACAUCUUAACACUCAUCAAAGAAUCCACAUUGGAGAGAAACCAUGAAAGAACAUGACAUGUGGAACAAGUUUCAGUCAGUGCCAGCAACUUACUAUAUAUGAAAGGACCCACCCUGGGGAAGCAUCAAGCAAGGAAAGAACUUCAGUAAUAUAGGAUCCCACACCAAUCAUCCAAACACACACACCAGAAAGAACUCAUACAAAUGUAUGGAAAGUAGAAAGGAGUACUGGGGAUGCAAUGGGCUUAAAGGACCACAGCACAGGGGAAAUGCCAUUUCCUUUUCGCCAGGAUCAUCUUGGCCAUGAAUUCACAGCUGCCCCUCAAUCACUGAAAGGUUCCUAGGGAGGAAGGAGGCCCCUUGUGUGAACAUGUAUGGGACCUGUUACUUGGCAAAACUGAAUCACAGAACGGGGGGAAGGAAAACAUUUUUUAUCCUUCUGGUUGCUUAUAAGAUGGAGUCACUGAAGCAAUUGGCGUGGGCUUGAGUGGACUCCAGGGGAUGGUGGAGGACAGGAAGGCCUGGAGGAGUGUUGUCCAUGGGGUCGCGAUGGGUCGGACGCGACUUCUCAACCAACAACAAGAAGGACAUGGCUAAGUCCCCAGCACACCUCCAUUUCCUGGAAAGCAAUAUAUAUAUAUAUAUAUAUAAAAAAUCAGGCAUAGGAUGGGGAAUUUGUAUUAGGUAUCUUUAUCAUUCAGUGUUUUUAGUGACAUUGUUAUUAGCUGUUAAUUUUUUCAUGAAGAAAAUUUACAAAAUAAUGUAUUUUAUUAUCUGCAUUUAUAUUCUGGCUAUUUAGUGAUACAGAAAUAAAAGGAAAUAUUAAAUAA